AAGAGUGAAAAAGAGAGAAAGAGCCAGAGGAGAGAGAGAGAGAAGCUUUUGGUCGUGUUCGUUUUUCUUCUUUCUUUAUUGCAAUAAUAAAUAGAAGCAAAUCAUACUCCAAAAACCUUCAUUCAAACUCUGAUUCUCACAAAGAUUCUCACAAAGAUUUCAUCUAAAAUUCAGUAAACUCAUCUACGAGAGUUCUUGUUUUUCGUUAAAUAUAAUUUUCUUAGAGAGAGCCUAAUAAGCUGUUUAAUAUAGUAAUCUAAUAUUUAGAGAGAUGGAGAGAGAGAGAAUGUGGUGGUGGUCAUCAUCGUCGACGAAACUCCGAUCAAACCUUGAGAGAUUUCUUAGAGGAAUCACUCCAAAGCCUCCUUCUUUCUCUUUAUCACAGAGCUGCAAGAAUGAUGUGAACAGUUUGUGGAUCCAUGAGAACAAAGAUGAGAUUGAAUAUUUCAGGCUUAGUGAUCUUUGGGACUGUUUUGAUGAGCCAAGCGCGUAUGGACUCGGAUCAAAGGUCGAUUUAAACAAUGGUGAAUCCGUUAUGCAGUACUAUGUCCCGUAUCUAUCCGCCAUUCAAAUCUAUACUAACAAAUCUACAGCUAUUUCCAGGAACCAGAGUGAUGUGGUUGAUUGUGAGAGUGAAUGUUGGAGUGAUGAUAGUGAGAUUGAGAAGUUGUCAAGGUCAUUGAGCAGUGGUUCUAGCAAAAUAUGGGAUUCUGUUUCUGAUGAUUCGGGUGAUGAGAUCGAUGGUGUUUCUUCGUUGAUGCGAGAUAAGCUCGGUUCCAUUGAUUUUCAGUAUUUUGAGUCCGCUAAACCGCACUUGCGGGCUCCUCUUACCGCUAAGGUAAAUGAAUUGGCUGAGAAGUAUCCCGGACUUGCGACUCUAAGGAGUGUUGAUUUGUCUCCAGCAAGUUGGAUGGCCAUUGCUUGGUAUCCAAUUUACCACAUUCCCUCUCGGAAGAUGGAUACAGACUUAUCGACGUGUUUCUUGAGUUAUCAUACACUAUCUUCGGCUUUUCAAGGUAACUUGAUAGAGGGAGAGGAUGAAAUUAACGAAACCAUGGAAGAAGAAACAUUGUGUUUUGAUGAUGAACCAGUGACCAAGAGACUUCUUUUGGCUCCUUUUGGUUUAGUUAGUUACAAGAUGCAAGGAGAUUUGUGGAGUAAUCAAGAAUCAUGUGACCAAGAACGUCUAGUUUAUCUCCACAGUGCAGCUGAUUCGUGGCUGAAACAGCUUAAUGUUCAUGAUCACCAUGACCAUAGCUUCUUCUCCAUGAACAUGAGCUUGUAGAUCCAAAAAAAGAGCCAUGACUCUGUUUUUUGCUCUGUUUUUAGCUGUUUUCUUGGGUAUAUAGCAACUCGUCAUUGUAGAGGUUUCGUUUCCUUCUGUUGAACCCAUGGAAAAUAAAGAGAAUUAGGCUUGUUUUUGGCUUUUUAGUUAUGAGAAGAUAGUUUUUUUUUUUUUUUAUAAUCUUUGUUUUAUGAGAGAUUAUGGAUAUGAAACUUAUGAGUUUUGUCUCAUGUUUUUCUCUUCAUUCUUUUCUUUUCUAGAUGUGUUUUAUGUUUGUAUGGAUUUCUGACCAGAUAAUUUUGUUGUCUGAACA